CUUGAUGACACGAAGCUAGAAAUUAAUGAUUAGAGUGAUUUGAGGAUGGCCUGUGUUGGGCUCAUCUCCCUUAUCCGAACAGUGGAGUUGGAGUUCUUAGAGCCACGGCCACGCUUGGUUGUUGAUUACAAUGAUGAAAUCCAGUGUCUUCGUCAAAGGCUUUCUGUUUUGGUGGCCCUUCUUGAGGAAUCUGAGAAAAAGCUCAAUGUUAGCGAGGCCGAGAGAGAUGUUAUUGCAAGAGUUAAAGAAAUCAGUUUGAGAGCUGAAGAUGAGAUUGAAUCUGAAGUAAUGGAGAUCCUUUCCAAUGGAGCUUCUCAUGAAACACUCCAUCAAAUCUUGCAACGUCUUGCACAAGACACUGAAGGGCUUAUUCAGCAAAGAAACACUACCCAAAUGCUGUCGUCAUAUAAUCCCCAAUCAAACCAAGAGCACAUCAUACCUGGAGGAGCUUCAAAGCUGGAUGGUGCAAUGGUAGGGCACGCCCAAGAAUUGGAGAGGACGAAGAAGAUGCUCCUUCAAAGCUCCAUUCACGAACGACAAGUUAUAUCUAUUGUCGGCAUGGGAGGGAUUGGCAAGACAACUAUGGCCAAAAAAAUCUAUGAUGAUCCAUCAAUAAGAUCUCGCUUUGAUCUUCUUGGUUGGGCAACCGUGUCUCAACACUAUGAUCUGCGCAGAAUUCUCCACGACCUUUGCCGUUCUGUUAUACAAAUGACUGAUGAAGAAAUUAGUAAGUUGAAAAGCAGUGACCUAGCAGACAAAUUACGUCGGAGACUGAUGGGUCAAAGGUAUCUUCUUGUCCUGGAUGACAUAUGGGGCAGCAGAGGAUGGGAUGAUCUACAAAGAGGUAGCAGAUUACACUGGAUCUUCAGGUAAAUAUGUUUGCAACUUGCCUUUCUUAGAUUCAAAUGAAAGUUGGAAACUGUUUUCCCAAAAGCUGGGAAGCAUAAAAUUGCCACCAGAAGUUGAAGAAAUUGGUAAGCGCAUUGUUAAUAAAUGCCGAGGAUUACCACUUGCUAUUACUGUAGCCGCAGGGCUUCUCUCCAAAACCAAAAAGUCAGUAGAAAAUUGGCAGAAAAUUGCGUCAGCAAUGAAUCUUCCAAUGACUUCAGAUCUUCAUGACCAAUGCUCAACCAUACUCACCCUCAGUUACAACAACUUGCCUUACCAUUUAAAAGCUUGUUUCUUAUAUUUUGGAGUCUUUCCUAGAGUUAGAAGAGAAAUCUCCAUAAAGAAUCUUCUUAAUUUAUGGAUUGCCGAGGGAUUUGUUAGGGAAGAUAGUGGUAGAAGUUUGGAAGAGGGUGCCAUGGAUUACUUACAAGAUCUAAUUGACAGAAAUCUAGUGCUUAUUAGCAAGCUAAGUUUCUUUGACAAUAUUAAGACAUGUAGAAUGCACGAUUUGUUGUUUGACUUGUGUUUGAGAGAAGUAGAAAAAGAGAAGUUGUUGUCUACUUUUCGUCAAAGGAGUGAGAAUGUUGUUAAAUUGGGCAACACCGAGCCGUUGUUUGAAUAUGCAAACCGUUGGUUAACCUUUCAAACAAUGUAUAAUCCUCGGCCCAAAUUCAGUGACAACUAUAAUUUUCACAAAUCUCGUACCCUUUUUUUCUUUUUCGGUGCUUCUGGAGUUUUUGGGGCGGCUGAAUCUUGGAGACAAAAUAUGAGUUUCAAGAUGAUAAGGGUACUGGACCUAAGGGAAAUUCAAUUCGAGGAAGCUCCAAACUUUGACAUCUCGGAUCUGAUUCUCUUAAGGUACCUAGCUUUGAGUACAAUAAAGUAUGUAAGGGUUCUGAAACAUCACCACAGCUUACAAACUUUAAUUGUUAAGAUUGAGAGUGAUGAGGAGAUUGACAGUAAAUGGUUGCAAGGUCUAUGGAAGUCUCAAAACUUGAGGUUUAUCGAGUAUCCCUAUUCAUUCCCAAUAGAUACUGAUGAGAUUCCAGCUCAAGAUAUUUUGCACACUCUUUAUUGGGUGCCUUAUCUCCGGUGCACCAAAGAAUUUGUUUUGAAGAUUCCAAAUGUUAAAGUGCUAGGGAUUAGGUGUUUGGAAAUAUGUUCAAUUCAAACUGAAACUUGGUGGGAUAAUCUUCACUAUUUAACUAAGCUUGAGAAGCUAAUAGUUGAAGAUUUUGAGUCCAUACCAUUCCCACUUCAAAGUAUUAAUUCCUUUCCCCAAAGCCUUAAGAAGUUGAAAAUUGUGGGAACACAACUCAGUUUGAAAUUUAUUACCGUCAUUAGUAUGUUGCCAAAUCUUGAAUCUCUCAAAUUUUUCCAAGCGUAUGACAUGGGAGAGGAGGAGUGGGAAACUGGAAACGGUGGGUUUCUCAAAUUGAAAUUUUUAUUCAUCAGUGCUGCAAAAUUGAAGAACUGGGAAACGAUGAGUGAUCAUUUUCCUGUCCUUCAACGCUUAGCAUUGCAUCACUGCCACGACUUGGAAAAGAUCCCCGAAGACUUUGCAAACAUUACUACGCUGCAAUUGAUUGAGUUGAAAGAUUGUUGUCUUUCUCUUGUGGAGUCAGCUAAGGACAUUCAAGAAGAGCAAAGCACAUAUGGAAAUGAUCAACUUGUUGUUCGUGACUACGAAACUCGGAGUUGAAUGUUAGGAGCACAGUUCAAUGAAGAAAUAAAAUAAAAGCAGAUCUAGGAAUCAAGGGAAUUGAAAUUUGAAGAUGAAGGCUGUGAUUUUUAAUGAUUUCACCUUUUGUGUGUGUGUGAGGGGGGUGUAUUUCUUUGUUUGUUUGCUUUUUAUUUUAUUUAUUUUUUUUAUUUUAUAUUUCAUGCCAAGUGUUGUGUGUAUGUAUACUGGUCAGUUAUCAAUAAAAUGUGUUCCUGUAUUUUUCAA